CGCCCUCUGCCCCCGGCUCCGCGUUUGUUUCUCCCCUAUUCUCUUCCCCUCCGAGGGGGCGAGCGAGCGAGAGAGAAAACCCACCAGGGCGGGUCUGAGGCUGAUCCUGGCGAUGUCGCCGCCGACGAACGGCGCCAUCUCUCUCGCAUACGGGCCGGCGACGGGGGCGGGGGCCCUGCACGACCCACUGCUCCUCCCCUUCGAUGACGGCUUCACGGACGAGGACCUCCUCGGCGCCGACGCCGCUCUCCUUGGCGGGGCUGCCGGCGACCAGACCCUCCUGCUGCUGCCCUUGUGCCCCGGGGCAAACGGCUGCGGCGGCAGUGGCUCCGCCUCCGCCGAGGGUUUUGGAGCCCAGGCGGCGCCGACUUCACGUGCCGUCACGACCCCCGUCGCCGCGGCCGACGCCGGAUCCUUCUCGCUCGCGCCCCAGCCUGCGCCCGCGCCGGUCUCGUGGGGGGUCGCGACCGCCGCCGCCGCCGGAUCCUUCUCGCUCGCGCCCCAGCCUGCUCCCGCGCCGAUUUCGUGGGAGGUCGUGACCGCCGACGCCGCGGACGGCGGCUCCCCCGCGCCCGCGCCGCCGUCCCCAGCGCUGCCGCUGGUGCACAACACCGGCAGCCGGACCUCCAUCUACCGCGGGGUGACCAGGCACAGGUGGACGGGGCGAUACGAGGCGCACCUCUGGGACAACACGUGCAGGAAGGAAGGCCAGAAGCGCAAGGGCCGUCAAGUUUACUUGGGUGGCUACGACAAAGAAGAUAAAGCUGCUAGGGCAUAUGAUAUUGCUGCUCUGAAGUAUUGGGGUGCUAAUGCUACUACCAACUUCCCUAGAGAAAAUUACAUCAGAGAGAUUGAGGAUAUGCAGAACAUGCGAAGGCAAGAUGUUGUAGGUUCACUGAGGAGGAAUAGCAGUGGGUUUUCUAGAGGUGCAUCAAUCUACAGGGGAGUAACAAGGCAUCACCAACAUGGACGCUGGCAGGCAAGGAUCGGCCGUGUUGCAGGCAACAAGGACCUGUAUCUUGGGACUUUCGCAACCGAAGAAGAGGCUGCAGAGGCGUAUGACAUCGCGGCACUGAAGUUCAGGGGCGAGAACGCCGUCACCAACUUCGAGCCCAGCCGGUACAACCUGCGAGAAAUCGCUCAGCGCGACAUCCCCAUCCUUAGCCCCGGGAGGAAGCUGGAUCAGAAGCCAGCUCCAGAGGCACAAGGCCAGGCCGCUCUCAGCGCUCCUUCAUUCUCCCAGUCCCAGCAGUCAAGCAACAGCCUGCGGCCGUACUUCCUCCCCAACCCCCAGCAGCCGCUACCGCCCCAGCCCCCGCUGGCCCAGCCUCUGCCGAUCUACAACUACAGCUCCGGGUUUGGGGAGCCCAGCUUCUACUGGCCCUAUGGCAACGUGGAGCAGAAGGUGCAGCUUGACAGCAAGCUGGAACUCGUGAACGGCCUCCUGCAGCUGGCUAACUCUGCCGCGAACUGACAGGGUUGUCUGAAGUGCCCGUGUUUUGUGUGGGAGCUGCGAGGAACUGAUGGUUUGGUUGCGUGACUUGGAGGGUAUAUUUUGUGGAACUGAUAGCCUCAAGAUAGGGUAUAACAUUCUGUCGUGCCGUUUGUUUCUGUGAUUCUG